AUGUCUCAAGUCGUUGAGCUCGGGUGGAUACCCGUCAAGGACGACUUUGAGAGUGCACCCGUGACGCAAACCAUCAAAGAGGUUCAUUCGAAAGUUAUCGCCAAUGCCGACCUUCUAGGGCAAUGGGAAGGUGUCCAGAACGCCGGAGGUCUAGAUAAAAGCCCAGUCAAGGGUGUCCACUUUGCUGCAGUCUGGACUUCUGUUGAAGCCGCCGAAGCUGCAAAGCAGUCACCCGAUGGCCAGGAGAUGAGGAAGCUUUGGGGCCAAGUCAUGGAGCUGUCCAGCCCGUCCGGCCCCGUCAUGCCGAAGAUGGGCUACUUCAACCUCGGAGGAGACGACUUCGCCAAAGUCGCAGCGGCUAAUGUCAUUCUGUUGACUGCCUGUUAUGUUCCUGCCGACGCUGAUACGGCUGCAUUCAAUGAAAAGUGGCAAGCUCUCAUGCAGGCGCACGCUAGUUCGGGGGCCGUGAGUGCAGGCUACGUGGCGGGCGCUCAUGGAUGGACUGUCGGCGAUAUUGAUGUUGAAGGACAGAAGAAGAAGGUUUUCAUGGUUGUCACUGGAUGGGACAACGAGGAGAGCGUGAAGGAGGCUAUUGGUGGUGAUAAGCGGGCCAAGUCUGAGGAGGCUCUGAAGGAGUUCAAUAUCGUGCAACAUGAGCACGUUUGCAACGGGUUCAAAAAGCUGAAGUAA